AGUUCCACUGUCGGAUGCUCGUCCGUAACUACACAGGUGGGUCGAUGGGCUUGAUGAGUUUGAUGGCUUAUAUAAUGCACCACUUGCUAGUAAAAUCAGCUCCACUCUCUUUUGCUGAAAAUCCAACUCAGCUGGCAUUGUAAUAGAGGAGAAAAAUUGGCCACCUUUUUUCCCCAUUAUACAUCAUGAUAUUGCAAAUGAGAUACCCAUCCACGUUCAAAGAAUGCAGUACUUUGCCUUUGCGUCUUUGUUAGGAUUGGUUUUGUGCCUCUUCUGGAAUAUUAUAGCAGUUACAGCUGCUUGGAUUAAGGGGGAAGGUGUAAAAAUCUGGUUCCUAGCUAUAAUCUACUUUAUAUCCGGAGUUCCAGGUGCUUAUGUUUUAUGGUAUCGGCCUCUUUAUCGUGCAAUGAGGACAGAGAGUGCUUUGAAGUUUGGAUGGUUCUUUCUGUUUUAUUUGCUACACAUUUGUUUCUGUGUAUAUUCAGCUGUGGCUCCUCCAGUUAUUUUCAAGGGAAAAUCUUUGACAGGAAUCUUGCCAACGAUUGACGUCAUAGGGAAUAGUGUCAUAGACGUGGUAAGUUUGCGUUACAUGUUGAGUAGCAGUAGUAUUAAAUGUGCCUGAUAUGUCUAUUUUUUU